AGACACGCUGAAACUUGCAUUCUUUAGCCAUCCACGUGUGUAAGUGUUACUCAAGAAGUACAAAGCCUAGAGUGAUCUUGGUGUUUGUUUACAAACUUCACCGUCGUUCUUCAGGGAAUCCAAAAAAACAAGUGCAACCAUGGCCUUUAUGAUGCCUGUUGUUAAAAACGAUUGGGACAUCUACAAGUCCAAUCGUUCCCGCAGAGUCUCCGAGUGCUCGAAUCCCUCUUCUUGUCGUUCAAGAAAAGUGUCCGAGUGCAAGUCCGAGGGGCCCAGCUUGUCGACUUCGCCCGGGUCCGACUACAUGGGGACUUCGCCCACCCACCGCAGCGUGCCUGCGAACAUGUCCAGACAAUACUCGAGGAACAGCUCCAGGACUUCGCAGAGCAGUUUGCAGAGCCCCAUCAAGAGCACCGCGUCGUCGCCGCCGAAAAACGGGUCCCAGUCGAGUUUGAACAAGUUCCACAACAGAUUGUUGGACAAGUUGAAGAAGUCGCUGAGGAACAAGGAUUCAGAGAGCGAGAGGACGAGCUCCUGAGAAGAGGGUGAAGCCCCGGAAAGUAAGGACUCCACCUCCUAGGGAGUGAGGCUUAAAUUUUUGAGUGAGUUGCGUUUGCGACCGGAGCUAACCGGACUACGACUACGUAUGUUCAGGUAUAGCAAUUUGAUAUAUUGCCCUGUGAUAUGUAGGAAUAGUAGUUAUUUAGAUCCAUUGUAUAACUUAGGGUAAAUUGAGGAUAGCUCGGUCGGUUUGUAAUAGUGGGGUGGUGAAAUAUCGAGUCGGUUGGAAGUUUUCAGCGACUUUGACGUUUCAGCACCCCACUAGUCGAUUUGCUUCAAUUUGAAGGUAGUUAUUUACGAGAUUAUAUUUUUGUUUAAUCGAAAGACUGUUGGGAGGAUUUAGGAGUUUUUAAUAAGGUUUAAAAUAGCCUAUAUUGCUUGUUAUCAGUAUAUGCAUAGUUUAUAAGUGGAGCAUUGUAAAACUGGAGGGUUGAUUUUUAGUGGGGCCUAAGAUCAGCGUUCGCGCUAUAUUGGAAGACACUAAAACCACUGCCCUCACUCCGCUAGUGGAACAUUCCAGUCGAAAUAGUUUCGCAAUCAUAUCUAACGAAUUAAACACGUACAAUAAAAUAUAAGACCAUUUGGUAAUCGUUCUGCGUACUUUGUACAAAUGUGUUCUAUGCGAAAUGCAAAUUUUGCAUCUUUCUUAACUUAACUUGCUAUAUGGAACCAAUUUGUAUGUUUAUGGAGAAUAAAAAGAUGCCUUAUGGCAGUGUGUUGGUACAUUA